UUGGUUUAUCCGAUUUUUUUGGCCUUUUUAACCCGUUUUUUCCCUCUUUCCCUCCCUCAGCCGUUCCCUCCGUCUACACCAUUUACAUGGGAAAGGACAAGUACGAGAACGAGGAUCUCAUCAAGUACGGAUGGCCCGAGGACAUCUGGUUCCACGUGGAUAAACUCUCCUCUGCCCACGUGUACCUGCGGCUGCACAAGGGCCAGACCGUGGACGACAUUCCCAAGGAAGUGUUGAUAGACUGUGCCCACCUGGUGAAGGCCAACAGCAUCCAAGGGUGCAAGAUGAACAACGUGAGCGUGGUUUACACCCCCUGGAGCAACCUGAAGAAAACCUCGGACAUGGACGUGGGGCAGAGCUUCCACAGGCAGAAGGACGUGAAGGUGCUGACCGUGGAGAAGAAGGUGAACGAGAUCCUGAACCGGCUGGAGAAGACGAAGGUGGAGCGGUUCCCGGACCUGGCGGCCGAGCGGGAGGCACGGGACCGGGAGGAGCGGAACGAGAAGAAGGCCCAGGUCCAGGAGAUGAAGAGGAGGGAGAAGGAGGAGCUGAAGAAGAAGAAGGAGCUGGAGGAGCUGAGGAGCUACUCCUCCCUGAUGAAGGCAGAGAACAUGUCCUCCAACCAGGACGGCAACGACUCCGACGACUUCAUGUGACGGAGCCGCUCCCGCCCGGCCCCGCCGCUCCAAUGCCAAAAAAAACAUCCCAAAAAACCGGCCUGGGAGCCCCUUCCCUCCCGGCUCCGGGCCAGGGACACCCUCUGGAAGGAGCAGCCGGAUCCCUGGGAUGGCCUCCAGCCCCCUGUGCCCCGUGGUUUUCCCAGAGACAGUGGUAUUUAUUUUGGGGAAGGGAUCCCCGUGGCCUCGGGGCCCUGCCGGAGCUGCUGCCGCCUCUGGAAUUCUGCUUUUCCCGCUGGGAAUCGCCGGGAGAACCGGAGGGGGGGGAUCCCUCUGUGACAAAGUCGGGGGGAAAAAUCGGGAUGAGCUCGAUGGUGGCUCCUGGAUAAACCUAGUGGUGAAGGUCCAGCUCUGAUUCCUGCCCCCGAACCCCCUGGAAUUCCACUGCGUUCCCGCUUGGAAUCCUCCUCUGGAGGGAGGGGUGGAAGGAGGAGGUUCAGUUUUCCACGGGAUUCACCAGGUGGAUCCUCCCACCUGAGCAUUCCAUGGGGUUUGGGGGGGGGAAUCCCAGGAUAAUCCCGGUGUACAUAUCCCCAUUAAACUGGUGCCAUGCAGGC